GUUUUUGUUUUAUCUGUCAAAACAAAAAGUCAAAACUCAUUUUAACAACUUAGCAAUUCAUUGAGUAGUUUCAGUAGCAUUUAUAUUUAAAAUUUUGUAGGCUCAUUGUUUUUUACAUAUAUUGAGAGUAUCAACCAAAACUAUGGCUCGUCGGUAUGAUACCAGAACUACAAUAUUUUCUCCUGAAGGGAGGUUGUAUCAGGUGGAAUAUGCCAUGGAGGCUAUUUCUCAUGCAGGUACUUGUCUAGGCAUUUUAGCAAAUGAUGGAAUUUUGUUGGCUGCUGAAAGGCGUAACACUAACAAAUUAUUAGAUGAGGUUUUUAUUUCAGAAAAAAUAUACAAACUAAAUGAUGAUAUGGUUUGUAGUGUAGCUGGAAUAACAUCUGAUGCUAAUGUUUUAACAAACGAAUUGAGACUUAUAGGUCAACGAUAUUUAUAUCAGUAUGGUGAAUCUAUUCCUUGUGAACAAUUAGUUUCCUGGCUUUGUGAUGUUAAGCAGGCAUACACUCAGUAUGGAGGUAAACGUCCAUUUGGUGUUUCAAUAUUAUAUAUGGGAUGGGAUAAGCAUUAUGGGUACCAGCUGUAUCAGUCAGAUCCCAGUGGCAACUAUUCUGGUUGGAAAGCUACUUGCAUAGGCAACAACAGUUCAGCAGCAAUUUCAAGUUUGAAACAAGAAUAUAAAGAGGGUCAGAUGACUUUGAAGGAUGCGAAGACAUUAGCAGUGAAGGUUCUGGCAAAAACAUUGGAUAUGGCAAAACUAACUUCUGAAAAAGUGGAAAUGGCUACUCUUACCCGCAAAAAUGAUAAAACUAUGAUCAAAAUUUUAAGCGGCAAGGAAGUGGAGGAACUGAUUUCAGAGUAUGAAAAAAGUGAAGCUGCAGUAGAAGCUAGCAAAAAAGAGCAGAAAGCAUCAGCUUAAUUACUUUUAUUUGGUAUUGUUUAGGUUCUCUAAGUUAUAAGUCAUUGUCAUAAUGAAUUAAUGAAUAAAUGAUUUUUAUAAAGCUGAA